CAGCUGUACACCCAGCUUUCUCAGGGCUUUGCUUCAGUCCCUCAUGCUCUCCCCCCCUUCAGAGACUGAAAUCCAGCCCUCUGCCUGCACAGUCACACUUGAUCUAUGUGUCUUGAUAGCAUUUUCAGCCAGAGUCAUUGACAGCAGCAGGCAGAGAAAGUAGUGAAAGACAAGGAGUGGGGACUCCUCAUACCAACUGGGUCUUGCAGGCAGCAGCUGGCCAAGUCUUUCUUUAAUUUUUUUUUUUUUUUUGGAGUGGGGGCUAUGGUUCAUAACUCCUUGGAACUAAAUUUGUAAAACCACAACUACUGUACCUUCUGUUACAUUGCUUCAUUGAUUUGCCUUCUGCGCCCCUUUUGUUUGUCUUGGAGCAAAACUUAAUGUGAGCAGAGAACUCACCUGUAGAAUCCUGGUGACUUUCUACUGAGCCUGGGGACCCCUUCCUACAUAAGUCAGGAUGGAGGAUGAGGCGGUUUUGGACAGAGGGGCUUCAUUCCUAAAGCACGUGUGUGAUGAAGAGGAGGUAGAAGGUCACCACACUGUGUAUAUUGGAGUUCACGUUCCCAAGAGCUACAGGAGGAGGAGACGUCACAGACGUAGUAGAACGGGUCACAAAGAUAAGAAGGAGAAAGAAAAAUCAACUGAGAAUUAUUCUGAUUUAGAUAAAUCAGAUACUGAAAAUGUCGACGAGAACAGCUCCAACAUCCUUAAACCCCUCAUAUCCCCAGCCGCAGAGCGCAUCCGUUUUAUCUUGGGUGAAGAGGAUGACAGCCCAGCUCCCCCUCAGCUCUUUACUGAACUUGAUGAACUUCUGUCUGUGGAUGGCCAGGAAAUGGAAUGGAAGGAGACAGCCAGGUGGAUAAAGUUUGAAGAAAAAGUGGAACAAGGUGGAGAAAGAUGGAGUAAACCUCAUGUUGCCACACUUUCCUUGCACAGCUUAUUUGAACUGAGGACAUGUAUUGAAAAAGGGACAAUACUUCUUGACCUAGAGGCCAAUUCACUUCCGCAGGUAGUAGAAAAAAUUCUUGAUAAUCAGAUCGAGACCGGACUGCUGAAGCCAGAGAUGAAGGAUAAAGUAACAUACACAUUACUCAGGAAACAUCGACAUCAGACCAAGAAAUCCAACCUGCGCUCCCUGGCUGACAUCGGGAAGACCGUUUCCAGCGCAAGUAGGAUGUUUACGAGCCCAGAUAACGGCAGUCCAACAAUGACCCAUAGGGAUCUGACAUCCUCCAGCCUUAAUGACAUCUCAGAUAAGCCAGACAAAGAUCAAUUAAAGAAUAAAUUUAUGAAAAAACUGCCCCGGGAUGCAGAAGCCUCCAAUGUGCUUGUUGGUGAGGUUGAUUUCUUGGAAAACCCUUUUAUUGCUUUUGUCCGGCUGAAGGAAGCAGUAAUGUUUGGAGCAUUGACAGAAGUACCUGUACCUACAAGAUUCCUCUUCAUCCUCUUGGGACCAAAAGGAAAAGCCAAAUCAUACCAUGAAAUAGGAAGAAGUAUUGCCACUUUAAUGUCUGACGAGGUUUUCCAUGACAUUGCUUAUAAAGCAAAAGACAGACAGGACCUGAUUGCUGGAAUUGAUGAAUUUUUAGAUGAGGUCAUUGUGCUUCCACCAGGAGAGUGGGACCCUACCAUCAGGAUAGAACCGCCUAAAACCAUUCCAUCUUCUGAUAAGAGGAAAAACCAAUAUGCCGGUGGGGAGAACAUACAAAUGAACGGAGAAGCUCCACAUGAUGCUGGCGAUGGUGGAGGAGGACACGGAGAUCUGCCAGAACUGCAAAGAACUGGACGAUUUUGCGGAGGAUUAAUUGAAGACAUCAAGAGAAAGGCCCCUUUUUUUGCCAGUGACUUUUAUGAUGCGCUGAGCAUCCAAUCUCUUUCUGCCAUGUUAUUUAUAUACCUGGGUACAGUGACCAACGCCAUUACUUUCGGAGGGCUUCUUGGAGAUGCCACAGAUAACAUGCAGGGUGUACUUGAAAGCUUUCUGGGAACAGCAGUUUCUGGUGCUGUUUUCUGCCUUUUUGCGGGUCAGCCUCUUACUAUUCUGAGCAGCACCGGUCCGGUCCUGGUUUUUGAGAGGCUGUUAUUUAAUUUUAGCAAAGAUAAUGGAUUUGAUUACCUUGAGUUCCGUUUGUGGAUUGGCUUGUGGUCUGCUUUCUUAUGUCUUAUUCUGGUUGCCACGGAUGCAAGCUCCUUGGUCAAGUACUUCACUCGCUUUACUGAGGAAGGGUUUGCCUGUCUUAUCAGUUUCAUCUUUAUCUAUGACGCUUUCAAAACAAUGAUCAAGUUUGGUUAUUACUACCCCAUCAACACUAAUUUCAAAGUGGGUGAUGUCACUCUGUUCAGCUGCACUUGCCUUCCUCCAGACCCAGCUAACAGUUCUCUGUUUAAUGAAACUACAGAAUUUCCUCUGGAUUUCCUUAGCACUACUAUUGCUGAUGACCUGCAUCACAACGAGACUAUAAUCUGGUCAUCUCUAACUAAAAAAGAAUGUAUUAAGUAUGGCGGUAACCUUGUGGGCAAUAACUGCAAAUAUAUUCCUGAUAUAACCCUGAUGUCCUUCAUCCUAUUCUUUGGCACCUAUACCUGCUCUAUGGCCUUGAAGAAGUUCAAAACAAGUCGGUACUUCCCAACCACAGCCAGAAAGCUGAUCAGUGACUUUGCCAUCAUCUUAUCUAUAUUUAUUUUCUGUGGAAUAGAUGCACUUGUUGGAGUUGAUACACCAAAGUUGAUUGUGCCCAGCGAAUUCAAGCCAACAAGCCCUAACCGAGGUUGGUUUGUUCCGCCUUUUGGAGGAAAUCCCUGGUGGGUGUACUUAGCUGCGGCCCUUCCAGCCCUUCUCGUAACCAUAUUGAUCUUCAUGGACCAGCAGAUCACAGGUGUCAUUGUCAACAGGAAGGAACACAAGCUUAGGAAAGGUGCUGGGUAUCACUUGGACCUAUUCUGGGUAGCUGUCUUGAUGAUUAUUUGUUCCUUCAUGGCUCUUCCUUGGUAUGUGGCUGCUACUGUCAUUUCCAUUGCGCACAUUGACAGCUUGAAAAUGGAGACGGAAACCUCAGCACCCGGAGAGCAACCUAAAUUUUUGGGAGUGAGAGAACAAAGAGUUACAGGAAUCAUGGUGUUCCUUCUGACUGGCGUUUCUGUCUUCUUGGCACCUAUAUUAAAGUUCAUACCAAUGCCUGUUCUUUAUGGAGUCUUCCUAUAUAUGGGCGUGGCUUCACUCAAUGGAGUGCAGUUUAUGGACCGUCUAAAGUUGCUUUUGAUGCCUGCCAAACACCAGCCAGAUUUCAUUUAUCUACGACAUGUUCCUCUACGCAGAGUGCACCUCUUCACUUUCAUCCAGAUAGUAUGUCUGGCCCUUCUCUGGAUACUCAAAUCAACAGUAGCUGCUAUUAUAUUCCCUGUUAUGAUCCUUGCACUUGUGGCUGUAAGAAAGGCCAUGGACUAUCUCUUUUCCCAACAUGACCUCAGUUUCCUAGAUGACGUCAUACCAGAGAAGGAUAAGAAAAAGAAGGAAGAUGAGAAGAAGAAGAAAAAGAAGAAAGGGAGCCUGGACAGCGACAAUGAAGAUCAGGAGAAAAACCAUUUACAUUCCUUGAACGACACACGUCGUGCUGAAAGAAUACCUUUUCUCCAGUCUCACAUGCCAAGCCCACCAAGUACCCCAAUGCGACUUGUGCCUCAGAUUAGGAUAGAAAUGGAGCCGGACGACGAUUCUUAUUUCUGGAGAAGCCGGGGAACAGAGACGACUUUAUAAAACUGUGAACCACCUUCUGCAAUUUCUUUUUUUCACCUAUUUUUUUGCCACUAGCCAAACAUGAAGUCCAUUUAAAAAAAAAAAAAAAAUCUCUUUUUAACCAGUGACAUUGUGUAAUGCACGUCGUAACUCCAGCCUUUUGCAAGCGGCUUCUGCUAAAGCAUUUCUACAACAAUAUCGUUUUCCACCGUGUUAAAUCUGAGAAUCCUUUUUUGCCUUUAUUCUCCCUCAAAAUCUAUUUUGAUAUGCUUAUAUUUACUGCACGGCGACAGAUGCCUGGUGAUUCUUUUUUUAAAUGUCAGGCCUUAUUAAAGUACUUUGUAUGAUUGAGCGGCCACUAUAAAGCCAUCUAUGAUAAUUCACACAUAUACUCUGUCACAAUACUUCGAUAUGGCUUGUAAAGUCCAGAAAACGAACAAGCAACCUUUAUCACUCCUGCAAUCCUCCAGCAAACCUAAACAGCACAAUAGUAUUAAUAGAACAGAAAUGUGUUGGUACUUAUAGCCAUAGUUAAACCGCACCUCUGCUAUGCAUCUUUUAUGGAAAAAUGGCAAGUACUAUGUGCACAUUUAAUAUCUUCAAGCUUAUUUCUUUAAAUUAUGGGGCCUAACCUGCAAACGUAUAUAUUGUAAUCAUAUUUUUUAAACUUUUUUUAAUGUCUGUAAAGAAAUGAUUUUUUUUCCUGCAGCAGGAAACGUAUAGUUUUAAGUAGUUCUACCUCUAAUUUGUAGAUGCCCCGGCCUUUUUGUUUAUGUAUGAAUGUGUUGUGCACAAUAUGCGAUUUGAAAGAAAAUCUACUUAUUUAGAACUUGAUGAAAUCUUAACUAGGUUUUUGUACGUAUAAUGAAUUAAUCAUCAAAUUCAUUUCAGAAAUAGAAUAAGAUUGAUUUUUUUUUAAUUAUGUCACGGGGAAGCUGGGCUAACUUAUAAUCUAUUUUAUGUGGUGUAAAAGUAUAUUUUAUAAGUUCAUAGGCAAUAAUUGAUUACUACUGACUGGUAACAGGGAUCAAUAAACAUCGGUAGAUGUUGAUUGCUUUGAGAACAUUAAUUAUUAGUUACAGUAUUGAAGUAACUACACUUACACAUUUUUUUUUGUACAGGCAGAUGUGUAUUCAUACUGUAUAUGUGUGUUAAAUAGAAAAGAAAAUUGGCUAUUGUCAUCGGAAAAAAAAACAUUAAUCAUGGCGCAAUUUUAUUAGCUCAUCCUCGGAUUUUCUAAUUGGAAAAUGUCCAUAGUUUAUGAAUGACACCCAAGAAGAUAAAGGUCACACAGAAGUGCGUUCAGACAUAUAUUACCUUUGUUUCACAUGCUGCUAGAAUAUGCAAAUUAUAUCUUCAUCGAAUGAGAUGCAUUAAGACCUCGAUGUGAGGCUUUCUACUCAUACCUGCCAAUAUGUACUAUAUUGCAUUUGAUGGCAUUCAUGGCCAAGUUAAGUUGUAGAACCAAACAUUCGUGAUUUCAUGUCUCCCUUCCUGUAGGUGACUUAGAAUGUCAAUGUAUAUGAGUAUUAUAUAGGAAUGUAAUGCCAAAGUUGUUGUUCAUACAGCUUCUCUCUCUCUCUCUCCCUAGCCCCUAACUCGACAUAUAAGUAUUGGAAGGGGGACAAAAUAAAUAGUAGAAGCCAUGAUUAGUGGCUGCUGGCUGAGAGUGUAACUUCCAUCAAUCUAAGGCAGGCUUUGACUUGUGCUGAUUCUGCCCUAAGAUGUAUGGAUCCUGAGCGGCACAGUUUUGAGUCACACAGUAUGUAAAAUGAUUUUGCUUGUUGUGCUGACACGCUGUGCAGUAAGGUAUUUGAAAACAUAAUCAGCCUGUUGAUGUAACAACCAGAUUGUGUAUAAUAACUAUAUAUUACCUGUAAUAACAAACAUGCAUUCAUACAUCCAUACCUAUAUACACAACCAUAUUGUACGUUUUUCGGUUUCUCUGGGUAUGUUAGUAGACAUUGCGACAUAUCUCUGGAGCACAUACAUUUAUUUUGUGUCUCCUUUUCUCAUUAAUGUAACCUUUCUUGGAACAAUUGUCCUUUUCUAUAACAUACACACAAUAUAGGCAUGUACAAGGGUAGGAUAACACUACCUGUUUUAAAUAUUUUUAUAACAAGGUCUUCCAAUUUUAAUAAAAUGUUUAUUGUACUUGAAAUGUAUUAAUUGAUGAUUUUUAUCUAAUAAUAUGUCUAUCAACUGAAUAGCAAUGUGAGCUACAAUGUUGAUGUUAACAAAUUUGGGAAUGGGACAAAGCUGUCUUUUUUACUUUGUAUCAUAGCUUUUUGUUACUUUAAGCCUUUUGCUGCCUGAAUUUCUGAAAACAGGAAGAAUUUAUGUCCGUACUGCCAUUUUUCUUAAGUAAAAAGCAUCAAUACUUUUUUUCCCUCUCUCCACUUGUGUGCACUAGAACAUAGUCUUUCAGCAAUAUAAAAAAAGUCCAAUUUAAUAAAAUGAACGACUCUGACAAGCUGAGAUCUUGCCAUCUUGGCAUCUGUGCUCUUUUCUGAUUGGGUCACACAGUGAGUCUUGUUAACUUGACCCGAAUAGUAGAGAGAAGCAUUAUUCAUAUCUAAUUAAAGAAAAUUGAAUUAAUCGCACAAUAUCAUUCAAAUAAAUAAUUUAUGUAGAAUCCCAAGGGCAAUUUUUCAAUAAAACUGAGAUUUUUUUAUUGCAGUAUAACUUUGAGUCUCAAUACAGAUAAGACCGAUCCGCUUUACUUUACAAUUGACAUUAAUUGAAGUCUCCAGUAGCUGUUUCAUAAAGAAAAUUCUAUAUUUCAGCCUCAAAGUAUUACUGGCUCUUGUGUUAUAAAAUAAUAAAAAUGAGCUUGCUUUGCUGCAUUUCGAAUAAUGUACCACCGGACUAGUGGUAGCCUGUAAAUCAUUUAUGGAGUUAUGGAUAGCUUUGUCCCAUACCUAUAUGAAUAAAACAUUGUUAACACAACCAUGUUAUUUAUAGCCAUUAACUUGGCUAACAUAGAGAAUAAUUAUAUUAUUUUGGAAACGAGUUAAUCUGCACUUUCAAACUUUUCUUGCAUCUUGUAAUCCUUUGAGUGAGAGGGGGGAAUCAUCCUACACUCAAAGUAUUAAACAGUCUGUAUGUCUUUUGUGAGACAUAAAAAAAAAACAUAUAUUAUUGUUAUUUUUUUUUCUUUAUUGAAUUGCAAAACGAUCAAACAUGGAACAAAAGAAGAAAAGCAGCAGAGACUGUAGUGAUUUUAGUUUUUCCUGUAACAAUGAGCAUUAAUUAUGAUGAAAGGAUAAUAUUUUACAAUUUUAUGAAAACUUUCUAUUGUGAAUUUUAUGGAAUCAAGAAAAUGGAGAUAUUUUAGCAUUUAUAUUUUUCAAAAUUAAAUGUAUAUGAAAAUAAAGUAACUUUAUGCA